AUGAUAAUUAUUUUUUUAAUGUUUAUCACUGAAUCUGCCACUGAGAAGUUGUGUCCCCUUCGUGCCUCCAUUGACGUGCUAGAAGGGGAAUAUUUUUUCCUUUGUUAUCUUGAGUCAAUGCAAGAACAUUUUCAGGAAGAAGCAUACACAAUAAACUGGUACAAAGAAAAUGCUGGAAAGCAGCAACUGAUAAAGGAAACACACAGAAUAGUUUCCCAAAUGAAUUUUCUGGAGUUUUGGCCAGCUGAACUCAGUGACUCUGGGAAUUACUCUGUCACUCACAGCAACGGAAAACAAAAUUUCACAAUUCAAAAGUGGACCUUGAAUGUACUUGAAAGAAAUAAAAGCAGCUGCUUCAACAUAAAUCAUUUAACUACAGAAAUUAAAAACGCUGGAACUGGUCAUUCACUGAAAUGCAGUGAUUUGUCUGUCAAUGAAAAUGACAGCGUAACAUGGUACAAGGACUGUGAGAAUUAUGAAAACGAAACAGAGCGAGAAUUGGAUUUUAAAACCUUAACAGUACAGCACUCUGGGAUAUAUACCUGUAAAAUUUUAAUCAGUCAUGAAGGAAAGAUAUACCACAGCACAAAUACAAUUAAGCUCAUAGUAGAAGAAGAUGCACCAGAGGCUGUCACUUUGGAGAUAGUUGGACGUGAUGAAGAAAUUGAAACAGAAAUAGGUAGAGAAGAGAUACUCAAUUGCACAGGUUUCUUGGGUUAUCAUAUGCGAGAAGAUGCCAGCCUCUACUGGUUGAUUAAUCAAACAUUUCCAGAAAAAUGCACAGGUAUUCCUGAGAAUGAACCUUCGAUCUGUGAAGAAGAGUUCAAAAAAUUACAAUUGGGAAACAAGUUCUAUGUCACAAGGCUACUUCGGAUUAAAAAAGUAACAGACGAGGACAUGCUUCAUAAUUUCACCUGCAUGUUGCAAGCUGAUGAAAGAACACAAAUAAAAAUAGUGAAACUGAAGAAAGGGAACACCCAAGAUCUUCCUGUGCACAUAUUUACAGCUGGAAUGGUCCUUGCUGUACUAUUUCCAUGUGUUGCUGUAGCUGCGGUGUUUGUCUGUGUGAUGUUUAGAAUUGACUUAGUUCUAUUUUACAGGAACAUAUGCAGAAGAGACGACACUGCUGGAGAUGGAAAAGAAUAUGAUGCAUUUGUGUCUUACUUGAAAGACUGCAUUUCUCCUACUGAAGAAGAGAGAGAAUUUGCUUUGAAGAUACUACCCAUGAUAUUAGAAGAAAACUUUGGGUACAAGUUAUGUAUAUUUGAGAGGGAUGUAUCCCCUGGAGGAGCGGUUGUUGAUGAUAUUCAUUCAUUCAUUGAGAAAAGCCGAAGAUUAAUCAUUAUACUGAGCCAGAACUACAUUUCUGACAGAGCCAUAUACGAACUUGAGAGUGGACUGCAUAAAGCGCUAGUUGAAAGGAAAACUAAGAUCAUAGUAAUUGAAUAUAUGCCUAUAAGUGACUACAAUUUCUUGCCAGAAUCGCUGUCUCUUUUACCAUCAAAGAGGGUCGUGAAGUGGAAAAAGGAUAAAUCUCUUCCCAUGAAUUCCAGAUUUUGGAAGAACCUUCGGUACCUAAUGCCAGCAAAACCUAACAAGAUAAACACCAAAGGGCACUCUAACAAUCUUGACCUAGGCUCAGAAGGGGCUCAACCAUGGGUUGAGGGCUGUGACUUUAAUGUAGUUGUAUAA